AUGCCAGCCCCAAGGGUGAAGUGGGAAUUGGACUCCUUGGCAACCGAUGGGGUGGCAGAAGGAGUAGAGAACGUGUAUACCACCAACUGCGGGGGAGGGGACAGGACUGGGAAGUUCUGUCUCAAGCACGCAAUUGGAAGAAGAGAAGGAGCUAUGUUAGGAUUGAACAACUGGACGGGGGAUCUGAACGACAACAACAAAGGGGGAUGGGGAAAAUUCCAGAAACUAGUAGAUACGCGGAGCACAGGAUUAAAGAGUGGAACAAACUCGGGAAAGCAGUCGGUGACCUGGAGUGACUUAUUGACAUGUAUCAUGAAUAAGUUGAUGGAAGUGGCAAAGCAUUCAGAGGCAAAUAAAGAGAACAACGAAGUCACCUUUUGGACGAGAGAUCACUGGGCAGGAUAUUUGAACAAGAAUCAAGAUGCUGGAUGGAACGACAAUAAUAAUACACAGAUAGCCUUAAUGAUGAUAGUAUGUAUAUUGCUCGGCUUUCGAAGGCAAACCAGAAGAGGUCGAGGGGAGUGGGACCCAAAGCAGUAUGACAAGGUAUGCGCGAAGUAUAACGAGAAAUUGGAGGUAAAGGCAGACGAUUGGCAGAGAUUUUAUCAAACCGAUCAAUGGAAGUGGGACUAUCAGAAAAGGCAAUGCAACACAUCUAAUAACCGUGAAAAGUGUUCGGGAGCAGCAUUUUCGUUAUUAUUGAGUGUCUAUAUGGCUAUGAGGAAGUGUUGUCCAGAUUGUCAUAGUUAUGAUCUGAGUGGUUGGUUACGGAGGGGGCCAGAAUCCAUUCCCGAAGCCAAACAGUGGAUUUACGAAGAAAAGAGAAAACUCUGGACCCCAAAAAGCGAAGGCUCCGGCAGGCUCAGUAUAGGUGGAGACGACAUGGGAAGAUAUCUGAUGGCUUCACAGUCUCCAAGCAACAACCAAAUCAAGGAAGCAGGCAAAGCCCCUCGCAGGCCCAACACAGGGGCAAGAAAAUCUCCUGAAUCGCCAACGAGUCAGCACCCACCUCCUCCACCCCCAGCAGAACCCCAAGAGUCAGAGGCUGUGCUGAUGCAGCCCCCUGAACCCGCAACCACAACCCAAGCACCAGACUUGGGGCACACAACAGGCAAAACAGACGCUGCCCCACAACCACAACAACGACAAGAGGACACCCUCCCAAAAGCCGAAGAGUCAAAGCCACAAGCCCCCUCAACACAACACGUCGAACAAAUCUCGGCCGAGCGAAGUCACCACAUGAAAGACACCCCCGAGAGGGGGGCUGGGGAGCUUCAGGUAAACAGACCAACACCCGAAAGUCAAGCACCCCAAAACAAAAAAGACACCAACACCCCAGGGGCGACACAACCCGGAGAACAUCAAUCCAGCGGGGAAUCUGACAAUGGGGCGAAG